CUCAGGUUUUUCCUUUCAAAAAAAGAACAACUCAGGUUUUGCAGCAAUGGGGACUCAUUCUUCAGCAUCAGUAGCAGCAGCAGCAGCUCUGUUCACUGGCCUUCUUGCUUUUGCUACACUUGUGAGCAGCAACACUGAAGGUGACAUUCUUUACGCUCAAAGGCAGGCAUGGAAGGACCCCAACAAUGUGCUGCAGAGCUGGGAUCCAACCCUUGCCAAUCCCUGCACUUGGUUCCAUGUCACCUGCAACAACAACAACUCUGUCGUCCGUCUGGAUUUGGGGUUAGCUGGUCUGUCAGGUCCUCUGAUCCCACAGCUGGGAGAACUGAGUUAUCUUGAGUACUUUGAACUGUUUGGCAAUGAGCUCAAUGGAUCAAUACCAGCAUCACUGGGCAACCUGAGCAGUCUUGUCAGCCUUGAUCUCCAGGGCAACCUGCUCACUGGCGCGAUACCGGAUUCGCUAGGCGCCAUCAGCACCCUGCGAAAUCUGAGGUUGUACGGGAACAACCUGACUGGAAGUAUACCUCAAUCUUUGGGCGACCUGACCAACCUUGUCAAAUUGGAGCUUCAGAAGAAUUCAUUGAGUGGCACUAUCCCUGCUUCUCUUGGCAACAUCAAAACAUUGGAGUUCUUGCGGCUGAACGAGAAUUCACUGACCGGCACAGUGCCAGUGGAAGUCCUCAACCUUGUCCUUGUCAGCAACUUGACUGAGCUAAAUGUUGCUAGAAACAAUCUGGACGGCACUGUCGGAUCAACUGAGUUGAGAGUGACUGCCAUCAUCCAGGACAAGCUGAAGACCUCAGGCUGAGGAAAACCAGGAGUCAGCGCUUGAUUUCUCACAUCCGUUGGGGAAUGGGAGUUGGGGAACAUAUCAUUUAGAGGCUUUAUUAUAGAUAUACAGUAGAAUAUUUUUGAUUGAAUAAAAUUUGUUGGUGACAGCUCCCAUUUAUUGUUGGAGACGAGAUGUAUGUAUAUAUUUGUUACGUAAAUAAAGAUGAG